GACACGAUUGCUCCGUACAUGAUUCGGAGAAUGAAGGCUAGUGUUCAGCAUCACAUUCAGUUGCCGACGAAGAAUGAACAGGUGCUAUUUUGCAAACUGACUGAUCGCCAAAGGGAACUCUACCUGGAAUAUUUGAAUUCGCGAGAAGCAAAAUCGAUUUGGCAAGGGAUGCAGAAACCGUUUGUUGGGUUGACGAUUUUGAGAAAAAUCUGCAAUCAUCCGCAUUUGUAUGACGGUGGGCCG